CUGUUCUCUUUCAUAUAUCAUCAAAUGUUUUUCAUCUAUUAACUUAUACUUAAUAACACCAAUCAAAUCGUUGUCUAUUGAUUUUCUUUUUGAGAAUUGUAAGCCCUUUCUGGAAAUUGUGAUAUCACAUCUUUUUAAAUAUAAUUGUUAUGAAAUUAUAUCUGGCAAUUUCUUAUAAUAUAAUUACAAAUCAGUUAUAAGAUAACAAUUGUGCAAAGUUCAGCUAAUAAAAAGAUUGAUUAUUUAUAUUAUCAAAUGAAAGAUUAAAUGAUCAUUUUAUUGUAGAUAGUCAUUAGUGUAUGCAUCUAAGAAACUGGUAAGUCGAACAUUUUCUAAAAUCAUACAAAUAUGUCAUAAUUUAUUUAUGUUAAUAGAUCAAUUUAUUAUAAAUUCUGUGUUUAUUAUACACAAACAAUAAUAUUUAUUAAGAAUACAUGUAUUUUUUAAUGAAGAGAAUACAAAAAGUUAUAUAGAUUUUUCAUUCAGCAGUAUUGUUGAGUGAAGGAUUUAUAUAUACCUUUUAUGUAGUGGUUGUGUGAUUGUGUACAUUGCAUGUUAGAUAUAUUAGCUUUUCUAGCUUUUUAUACAUAUGUUAUUAAAUUAAAUAUUCUGAAUCUUCUAUAAAAUUGCAGAUAUUAUUUUCAUAUUAAGGAUAACAAACUUUUUAUGGAGCAUUUGUAAUAUACAAGAACACAUUUCUAGUAAAAUCCUUAACAUUUACUAUUAAAUUAACAUUUUUUUAAUCGUAUUAUACACAUUUUAUAUUAAAAUACCAAUUACUUUAACAAUAACAGAUUGAGAUCUUAGAAAGUUAAGAUAUAAUAAUAAUUAAAUCUCUGAUUUAAUUAUUAACGUUAUAUCUUAACUUUUCAAGAUCUAACUUCAAUAAUUAAAUGCUCGUAUUCUAAGCAAUUUUAAUUUAAAUGCAAUUAUCUUCUCUUAGCAUUUAUCAUGUUUAAUGCUUGUUUUUACCAUUAUAGAAAUGGCUCACAAAAUUUUUAUAGAUUCCUCAAAAGAAGAAAAAUUAUAUACUUGGAAUGAAAAAGAACUACGAAGUUUCAAAGAUAUCAUCAUCAAAGAGAAAAUAAAUUGUCGCAUGGACGACUUGUUCCUCCUGAGCUUCCUCAGAGCUAGGAAAUUCGACAGAGAAAGAGCUCUUAAAUUACUAAAAUCGUAUUACUCAGCAAGAAAAAGAAACUGGGAUAUGUUCAACGAUUUCAAUCCUUUGGCCAUGAAAGAAUAUUUAGAUAUGAAAAUGGUUGGUUAUCUUCAACAAACUGAUCAGGAAGGACGAGUUUUGGGAAUUGGAAGAAGUUGUAAUUGGGAUCCUUGUAGAGUUCACGCCAAAAUGGUAGUCAAAUUGACAUUAAUGUUUCAAGACAUGGCAUUGACCGAACAUGUGAUACAAGUCAAUGGUUUUGUUAUGCUCUUGGAUGCUGCAACCAUAUCUUGGAGGCAUGUCAUCCAACUUACGCCGUACACAAUGCAUACUAUCGUUACUGUACUGCUUGGUUCUACUCCAAUAAGAUAUAAGGAAAUCCACGUAGUCAAUAUUGGAAAAUUCGCUCACGCAUUUAUUGCAGCAUUUCUUCCGUUCUUACCAUAUAAAAUCAAGAAGAGAAUGCAUUUUCACAGUUCUGGAAUGGAGUCAUUGCACAAGUUCAUAGAUCCUAAAUAUUUACCUGUCGAAUAUGGUGGUGAAUUACCACCAUUUGAUCCUACUGAAUGCAAUGAAAAACUAUUAGAGUACCAAGAUUUCUUCGAAGAGCAAGAAAAAUAUUUGGCCGGAUGGCCUAGCGGUUAAGGUGGCAGUCUACCUCUGGGGGACCCAGGAUCGA